AUGUGGGAGAAAUUCCUGGUAGCUCUGACUGUCCUCCUGGGAAAGGGGCUUGAGCCAUCUCGCUUCGUGCCGCUGGUCAAUCAGUGCGAGUGCGAUUGCCGCUGUGAUUGUGGCACGACCGAAGAGUUCGAGUCUCCCCGCGAGGCGGGGGUUCCAGGCUGGAUUUUGCUGAUUUGCGCUGCCGUGGCCAGUCAUCUGCUUACCAUUGCUUUAGCGUUUCGGAUAGCCUCUCGAAUUUGGAGCCCGAGCCGCACCUCGGAGUCUGUGACGGGAAAUAGCGUCAGGAGAAGAGGUCCGAGCAUGGAGCUCGGUAGUCUGCUCCGCGUUUGGUACACUGAUGAUGACGUGUGGCAUGAGCGCAUAGUCCUGCUUCAUGGUGACGGGGAUGACAUGUACUGGGUUGUGACGCCAGACUUGGAUGUGUAUGAGGAAAACCUUGGGGGCAAUGCAGUUGAUGGUCCUGAACGGGUCCGAAAAGUGGCCCACGGUGCUCGCAGCCGAUACAAUCGGCCCAUCUACCGCUUCAGGGAUGUUGUGGACAAUGCUUUCGUGUCGAAGUACAUCAAGGAAGCUUGGCGCGAGCACGAAGGGCUUCACGGAAUGCCUCCUGAGACUGAAGGCGUCCAGGUUCACUUGCCGGACGGUUUUGUCAAGGAUCUCGUCAGCUUCGGACCUCGUUUUCGGGUACGUGAGAAAAGCGCCCCAGGUACACCGACCCGACCAGCGGUUGUUGAUGCGAGGGCCGCCUCCUCAGGUGCGGGCGGUUCACCGCCUGUCGACUUCGAGACCUGGGUUGUCAUGUACCAGAGCAAUGGGGAGGGGCUUGGCGAGCAAGUGGUCCCUCCCAAAGACGCCGGCCUGCUCAGAACCGAAGGCCGCUGCUACAAGAUCUUCGAUAGAGAGGGAGUUGUGUGCUUAGUCCAGGGCUGCUCGCCGGAGGAAGCUCACAGGGUAAGCCUUGCAGCCAAAGAGCAGUCGCGAGAUAGAGAUCGGGAGGAGCGAGAUGUUCGAGUACUCCCGGUGCUGUUCGAUUCGGCUGACGAACGAUGGAGAACCUUGGGAGAGGCAAUCCCCGACUACGAGGAGAUUGAGUAUGAAGAUUUCCCGUUACAAGGACCGAGGACAAUGUAUCGGGACCUCAAGCAGCUGCGGCGUCUUGGCAUGAGCUUCGUGCAACAUCAUGAGAGCUGGGUGCGGAAGUCCGGGGUGCGCAGUUCAGACCGCUCUAUCUAUGAACAUUCCACUCUGUGCCGUUCGCUGGACUACAUGGCGAGCUAUGACCAACUCAAUUUGCCAGCCCUUGCAUGUGCCGAGGCUCUGAAUCGCCGCCGAGCUUUGAUAGAGUUGGCGCACCAGGGGCGGCCCGAGGCGCCCAGCUACGAGGCGGCGGAGGAGGUGCUCGGAGUGAGGGAGUCUGGCGAUGGAAGUGUGGUGGAUCCAGCUCUUACGCAGCAUGCUGCAAAGCGACAGGCUGCAAAGGCUGAGGUGCUCAAGCAAACCAGGCUUGCCGCGGAAGAGAAACGGCACGCUUACCGGCGCAGUGAGGAAGAGAAUGGUGGUGCAGAGCGUCCUGGAAAGGGCAACGGCAAGAAGAAGAAGGAUGAGCAGAACGCCCCCUGA